UGCCUUCCCUUCCCCAUUUUCGUUAUUCGUGUUGGCGAGACGAGAGAGAGAGAGAGAGAGAUGGCGAACAAGCUCAUAAGCCAAAUGGGUCUUCCCAAGUCUGUAUCCAACGUCUUUGCGGCUCGAAACAUCAUCACCGCUAAGGAUGCACUGUCCUUGACUGAAUUCGAGUUGAUGGAGUUGUUAGACUUGAAUUUGUCCGAGGUGAUAUCUGCAGUGGGACACAUUAGUGAAAUUGCUUCGCCGCCAUAUCAAACUGCUUUGUCUCUUCUGGAACUGCGUGUCAACAAGGAGAAUUUUGCAGGCCACCUUCCAACUCGUUUGAAAGGAUUAGAUGCUGCCUUAUGCGGUGGAAUUCCAUUUGGUGUUGUUACGGAAUUGGUCGGUCCUGCAGGGAUUGGCAAAACCCAGUUCUGCCUCAAGCUCUCAUUGCUUGCUGCACUUCCUUCUGCUUAUGGAGGAUUAGAUGGUCAUGUGUUAUUCAUUGAUACAGAAUCCAAAUUCAGUUCUAAAAGAAUGAUAGAAAUUGGAGUGAAUAGCUUCCCAGAAGUAUUUCACAAGGAAAAUAUGGCUCAAGAGAUGGCAGGAAGGAUCAUUGUACUCAGACCGACAUCACUUUCUGAAUUUACAGAGAGAUUACAACAAAUUAGAGAUUCUCUCUUCCAACAUAAUGUGAAGCUGCUAAUUGUUGAUAGCUUGGCAGCUCUUCUUUCAGGGGAAAGCUCACAGGGGCCUCAUAGACAACACUCAUUGGGCUGGCACAUAUCAUUUCUUAAAUCGCUUGCUGAGUUCUCACGAAUUCCUGUUGUGGUUACCAACCAAGUGAGAUCUCAAAAUCGUGAUGAAAUAUCCCAGUAUUUUUUCCAAGCGCAGAGGAUAACUAACAACCUUGAUAAUCCCACAAAAUUUGAUCACCAUUUAAUUGCUGCUCUUGGAAUCCAUUGGUCUCAUGCUGUUACGAAUCGCCUUGUAUUUGAAUCUAGAUCAGGUCAAAGGUUUAUGAAAGUAGCAAAAUCUUCAAUAUCUCCACCAAUUGCUUUUCCCUUCGACAUAACGUCAUCUGGUAUUUCGUUGCUAGAUGAUGAUGGAGAGGAAAUUACUGGGCCAGAAAUAAAUACCAUAAAUUAUCAAGGCCACAGCUGUCUCAAUGUUUAGGGAUUCUCCUCAAUUGGGUCUCUCUCACAACAAUUGAUCAUAGCUUCUCUUUAAUGCAGCAGCCAGCAGGGGACAUGGAGUAUAAUACCAGGUGUUGCCUAUUGAAUAUCUCCAAGAGGCCAACUUGCUUGACCACGGCAUAUGGAAAACAUAGAGAAAGAGUUGGUUGGGUUGUUUCAUAGUAUGUUUGAUAUCUGUCUCAGACGCUGUUUAAAGUAGUGAUAUAUUUUUAAGGUUAACUAAUCUCAAUCAAUGUCCAGAUUCAAGUUGAUGAA